AUGACGUAUGACUUGCACGGCCAAUGGGAUGUCGACAACAAAUCGGCCAUUCCCGGCUGCCCAGCCGGUAACUGUCUUCGAUCCCACGUCAACAAGACCGAGACGCACGAUGCCCUGGUCAUGAUCACCAAAGCUGGCGUGGAAGCCCGGCAGCUAGUUACUGGCGUCACCAGUUACGGUAGAAGUUUCCGCAUGAAUGAUGCGUCCUGCUCCGGUCCCUUUUGCACCUAUGCCGGAGAUAGGAAUCACUCCAUGGCCUAUGCCGCACCUUGUACGGCAACUGGUGGCUACAUUGCCAACGCCGAGAUCAAAGACAUCAUCAAGAACCACGGCAACUACUCCAUCGUCAAGUCGUGCAUUGACAAGGAUUCUGACUCCAAUAUUCUCAUGUACGGUAAUCCCGGAGCGGUGGAUUGGGUGGCCUACAUGGACGGCGUCGUCAAGGCCAACCGAAUCAACUGGAUCAAGAGCCUCAACUUUAAGCUGUCCAAGAGGGAGGCACUGGUGGACGCUUCCAAGGCGAGGGGUCUGUUGAAGAAUAGCGAUCUGGCCAAGUUUCCGCAGAGGUUUAGGGAUUAA